CUCGACUUACCGCAACCAGUUUAUCACGCUGGUGUUGUUUUUGAUAUUAAUAUUUUAUGGUUCUGUGUAUAAACCUUUAAGCAAAUUCAUUCAAACAAACCAAAGAAAUCUGCUAAAUUAAUAUACUCUCCAUAUUUGUAUCUGAGUUUCUUAGUGAAGUGUUUUUUUUUAAUUAGGGUUAAACUCAAUCUGUAAAUGCGAUGUUUCCUUUUGGAUAUGUAUUGGUUACUAUAAUAAUUAUUCUUGGAGCAGUUUUAAUAAAACAUGGUACCAAAGAACAACCAAAAAAGAUUUUUAACGUGUAUGCCCAGAAAGGAAAAUGGUAUUAUCUUAAAUAUAUCAUAAUAAGUUUAGUGAUAUUUAUAAGAAGAAUAAAAUACUAUGUAUAUGGCAAAGACAACGUUGAAAAGAUACAUAAUAUGGAGAAGCUUCAGAUGUUAUCCAGCCAUAAUCUUGCGUUUGAUGCUGUCUACUUUCAAGCAGCAUCUCAAACUGGAGAAUACUUUUGCGGUGGUAUUGAACGGCGACAUGGUGGCAAAAUAGUAGGAUUAUUUUAUAUUGUGCACCCUGAUUAUGGAUUGCUAGAAAGCGAGGAAUUACCCAAUACAAUUAUGGACGCUACUGUACUAUCUCUGUACAAUCAAGAUAGUUUCUCUGGGGGUGGUAUGACGUUUACACCUGUAGUGCCAAUGAAAAAAUGGAAAAUUGGUUUUAAUGGCACAAUGAAAUAUCAGAAUAAUCCCCAAAAACGUGUUCAUGUGACUUUUGAAGCUGAUUGGAUAAGUAAUUACGACUGGUUCUUCCUUGAAGUCGACGUACCUAUAUCAACACUAGCCAGGAGUUUAGCAACUGAAGAGUGGUCCGAGAAAUUAUUUCAAAAUUUAAAGAAUGUACAUCAACGUCAUUACGAACAAAUGGGUUAUAUAAACGGCACUUUAGAAAUAGAUGGAAAGGAAUAUCCAAUUGUAAAAUGGGAUUCAUUCAGGGAUCACAGUUUUGGUUUUAAAAGAGACUGGUCACUUAUGCAUCGUUUUAUCUACACCACUCUCAUUCUUUCUAACAAAACAAAGAUCGUUCUAGGAGUGGUGAGUCAACCAAUUACCAUGUCACAUCUAGAAAUGGGAUUCGUUAACCAUCCAGAUGGUAGGAUUCACCCAGUUGAAAAGAUUGACUUACUUUUGUACGAGCACGCUGAAAAUGGAGUGUUACCCAAGGAACUAAGUUUCACUUUUGAAGCAGAAGGAGUUUCAUAUGACGUGCAAAUGGAAUUUAUAUGUGAAGCGACACAUUAUAAAGGAAGCCACGAAGACAUUAUCAUUACCGCAAGAUUUGUUAAAUGUGUUGUUAAUGGUAUUCCAGGAAGGGGCUUCUCUGACUGGCAAUAUAAUAAAUCUAUUUUUAAAUAAAAUAAAGAAGGAUUAUUUUAUGUUUACAAAUA